AGUGAUAGUUUCUUUCGAAUACUGAUAUCUUAUACCAUAUUAUGCUAUUCUAUUCGAUAGCAACUUUCGAUGUUCUGGCUCAAUUGUGUAGAAUAAAUUGCCAGAAAUAACCCGAAAGUUCAUCAACUUGUGGAAAAUGAUCAUUCUUGGAACGAUUAUGCCGAUCAUCAUAGAUCUAGCUGGAUAAAUCCUUUAUUGGGUGGUCAAAAUUUCACUUGAACCCGCAUAAGCUUGAUCUUCAAUGGUUCUGACUUUUCAUCUAAAUAAAUCCCUGAUAAAAUCUAUUUUCUUUCUGAUGGAAAUUAUGUCUGUGAAAAGAAUUAAAAGAUUUAAUUUGAAAGUAUUACAUUUACAAUAUAUACGUAUUUAAGUUGUAUGACAUAUUUUUUCACUAUUGUAUCGGAUUCUAUGUAAAAGGAUUCUAUAUAAAAGAUCAUACACACGUGAAUGAUUAAUAAACGAAACUCCAAGUCUGAAGUGUUCUUCAAACUUAGUGAAACUUGCAUUGAUCAAACAAGAAGAUAAAACUACAUCUUAAUUUUCCCACGAUCUGCAUCUGAUCCGGGAGAUUUUAGAUUAUCGUUAUAGUCUGGAAUAGACUUUAUUCGAUAACGGUGCAUCGCAAUUGCCAAAUUAUUGGUCGAUCGCGACAAUAAUUUAUUGUAAUGAUCAUAUCGUUCGAUCUUGUUUCUAUAAUAGAUUCCUUUGAACCCGCAUGACUUUAUGAUCUUUUAGCUGCAAAUGAUUAUCUUAUCGAAUGGUUAUUGUUUUAACAUUUAAAUAGAUUGAAAAUAAAUUUGACAAUAAAUAAUGAUAUCCUAGAUUGUUUCUUGCAGGAAAUGUACGUCGAAAAAAAAAUUUGUAUGUUUAGUAUUUUAUGUGUAACUCGUGAAAUAAAAAUUUUUGACGUAUUUAUAGGAAAUAAUCACGAUCUAUUUAGAUAAAAUUCAUGAGCGAUUAAUACAAGCAUGUCAAAGAGAAAAGGAAUAAUAGUGUCACUUCCGACUUCGUCAGGGGUCGCAGUCUUCCCUCUUCCGUUACGCGUGCUCGUAUACAUCUGGUUUCUCCCCUUGCAAAGUGUACCACAGUCUGGUAACGAAAUGUAAUUAUUUUUAAAAAGGAUGUAGGGACCGUAUUUUCAGUGGGUCCGAUCGGCUGUAGGCGUAUAUUUGAACAAUAAACCCUGCUCAAUCAAGUUUUAUGAAUUAAUAUUGUCGUACAAAGAAUAAAAAAAAAAAAAAAACAAAAAAAGAAAAACAAAAUGAAUGUACUUCUGUAUCUUUUAGCUAAUUCCGCACAUUUUGAUACGUGCCCACGCACGUAAAUCAUUUCUUGCGCAAUAUCGUUCUUUCAAUCACAAAGAACGUGACUCCGAGAAGGCACCUUUUCUUACAUACAUACAUAAAUCGGGGCAUAGUAAUGCUCUCUAUUAAAUUGCCAACGCCUCCGCUUCAAUCAAAACGAUGAUACAUAAGUAAAUUCACUGAUUCAAACCUUGAUUUCUCGUGCGUUUUGAAGAAGAGUUUUAAAUUCAAGAAGAAAGUCACGUCGACUUUCCUAGGAAAUUAGCAUCUUGGCGCACGCGCAGCAUCCGCUUUUCAUUCUAAAAUCUGACGGAUCCGGGCGACUUACAUUCAGUCGACUCAUGGAAUUCGCCGGAAUGAUCUCGAUCGUAUUUUAACUUUGUUCCAAAUUCGUAUCACUUGGUAGGGAAAUAAAUUCAUAGUGUAGAUGCACCUGAAAUAUUAAAUUAAAAGACACGUGUGUAACGUUUGACGUUGCCGAUACCAAUGUCAAUAUGAAAAGUGAAAAGAGAAAGAAGAAAUUUAAGACACCAUUUAUUUUAAUAAGGAUUCGAAAGCAUCAAGUAGCCAAUACCUAACAAUGUUCAUAUAGUUAUGGAAUAUUGUCGAUGAUUAAUUUUAAAAACAAGCAAAGCCAAAUACUCGAAGUGAAUCUUAUUAAAUCAAGUUUUGUUGAUCCAUAGGUUUAACUACCUUGGUGGUUAUCUUUUUAUGAUCUUGAGACAACGUUAGCAAAUUCCAGUCGGCGUGCAUAUGCAACUGAUUAGUUAUUUCUUUAAACCGCAUACUACAUCUUUUUCAAGUCAUUACUUUUCUCAGCGAUUUUCGAAUAAAAAAGAAGAAAAUAGAUGAAUCUGAAAAAUGUUUAAAUUCUCAAUUAAUGUUUAAUAAACAACUCAAUACAAUCGAUAUAAUCUCAUUCGCUUUCUCCUUUAUGAUAGAUAUUUACAUAUAUGCCUUAAGUAAAUCAUAGUCGCUUUACCAUCGUCCUAUUACUAAACAGCUUCUUCUCUAAGUGAGAUUUUAUUUGGGAGACGAUAGGAACGUUUCUCAAACGUUUAUUCUCGCUCAAAAGAGUUUAUCGUCUCGGAUGGCGAAAAUAGAUCUCUUUCUCUCUCUCUUCCUUUCCGAUGCCCCGUUGAGAGAAAAAAGAGAACGAUUCCAGCUCCUGCGAAAGAUGAAGGAAAGAGAAAGUGAGAUUUAGCGAGGGGAGCAAAGGGAUGUACGAGCAACCCAUAUGAACGUGUAUAUCUGCACGUGUACGUGAGCUAACGAUGAAAGAAAGUUCAAAUUACGGGAUGUUCACAUUAGAUGUUUUGUGAGCUUUACGUUAACACCAUUAUAAUGUGUAUAGAGAUCGGAAAAAGUAUAAGUUGUUUUUAACCAAUCCAAUGGAUCUAAGCCUUUGGAAUACUAAGAUAGAUCAGACAAAUGGAUUGCCCGUCUAUCACUUUUUUACACGAUUAUAUUCUAAACGCAAAAAUAAAAUUUUUUGCCUUGCACAUCGACGAAUAUUAUCGAUAUAAUCGAUUCUACAGAUGCUGGAAUAUUGGAUGGGAAGCAACAAAAGUGAUCUGAACAGGAGCAAUGUAACGAUCGAACAGGUCCUACAGGAUCCAGGAUCAGUGGUUCUUUUCAUUGGUUAUCCACCGUGGCUUUUGUACUUUGCCGCUGGCUGUUGUAUUCUCUUUAUGCUCAUUGGCAUUCCAGGGAAUCUUAUCACCGUGGCUGCUCUCUUUCGUACCAAGAAGUUGAAGAACGCCACUGCGAUAUUCAUAAUGAAUUUAUCAUUUUCGGAUCUGCUGUUUUGUUGUUUUAAUCUACCACUUGCCACCUCAACUUUCUGGCAUGGAUAUUGGUUGCAUGGAGCAUUGCUGUGUCGUUUAUUCCCAUUGCUGAGAUACGGCCUCGUAGCUGUCAGCCUCUUUACCGUUCUGUCGAUCGCGAUUAAUCGUUACGUCAUGAUCGGACAUCCCAGGCUCUAUCCAAAUCUUUGCGUCUAUGUCCGCAGACUUUACAAAUCGAAAUACUUGAUACCAAUGGUUUUGGCAACAUGGAUCCUCGGUUUCAGUUCUUUGAUCGUCACGUGGUUCGGUCAUUGGGGCCGUUUUGGCUUAGAUCCUGCAAUAGGUUCCUGUUCGAUUCUUCCGGAUGUGCAUGGACGAAAUCCAAAGGAGUUCCUUUUCGUAUUAGCAUUCUUGACUCCCUGCGUUGCAAUCGUAGUAUGUUACGCGAGAAUCUUUUACAUCGUCCGUAAGACAGCAUCGAAAAGUGGUAGACAAGAUAAAGUAUCUAACACGAUCGAUGUCGGCGACAGGAACCGCGAGCAACGAUCUGUCACGCCGAGAUAUCAGGAGGAAGAAUUGUCUAUGCUUGGUUCGAGUUGCGUCGCGGCAGGACUUUGCGUUUCAUUUUCUAAUCGUCAAACGAAAGAAGAACAAACUUCGCGAAUUUUUAACGGACAGACUUACGAAGAAUCAUCCUUGGGAAAUCCACCUUCGUCCGAAGAGGACUCAUCGAGAAACGAAGAAAACGAUUUGCAAGAGGAGAGUUCAAUUGGUCACGAUCCUUCUGUACAAGAUAAGGAGAGAAUAGCUUAUGAAGGCAUAGAGGACAUACCGUUCGCUGAUGAUCGCGACGCAGACAUCGGUGAUACGAACAUAUUUCUGAGCACUGAUCCCAGAAAGAUCAAGGACUUUACUGAAAAACCGACUUUGAAUGCUAAAAAAAGACUCGAAGGAAUGGCAAGCCGUGCUUCUUUUGUGGUCGAGUCAACUCUUUGGAUUCAAAGAAUCACAGAAUCCGGGACGCGAUUGGAACGUUCCGAAACGUUUGCUAGUUCAAGAUCAAGUAAUUCUGAUCGUCGUAUGAAAACAAGAGGUAAGGUAUUUCGCCGAGAGUCCAAAUUCAAGAGCCUUGGUAGAUUGCGAAAUAUGGACAAUGGGCCAAGGAUGUCAAGGAAAGAUAAAAAACUUUUGAAAAUGAUACUUGUUAUCUUUUCAUCGUUUCUAAUUUGUUAUUUACCGAUCACCGUCACGAAACUUUUUAAAGAGGCCGACGAGUGGAGGGGCCUCAAUAUCGCUGGAUAUAUUCUCAUUUAUUUGACAACGUGCAUCAAUCCAGUCGUUUACGUUGUUAUGAGUUCCGAAUACAGAAGUGCAUAUAAAAAUAUGUUACUCUGUAGGAACGAGUCUGUCUCUUCGGCGAAGAUGAAAAUUUCGCAUAGGAUUGUUAGAAAACAUUCGAUGUGAAUUUUAUGAAU